AACGUUUACAAAAUGGAAUUCAUGCUGGUAUUGCCUGUAAUUAUUGUGGUGAACGUGAAUGGAAAGGGACAAGAUAUAAAUGUUCUGAAUGUUCUGAUUAUGACUUGUGCAUUGAUUGUAUCACAAUGUCCGACCUAAUUCAUAACGCGCAACAUUCUUUUCUGAAAAUAUUGAAACCCUUAGACCCAAAGAAUGUUUCAAAAGAUACUUCUAUUGCUUAUGUUACCCCAAUACUACCAGACACGAAAGAGAAAUUAUUAGCUCUGCUACGCGAAGAAGAACGGCGAAGAUUUUCACCUGAAAUUCAAAAAAAAUAUUAUGAUGUUGGGAGCGAUCCUACAAGUGGAAAGGAUUGGAUGGAUGUUACAGAUCAGAUGCAGCAUGAGUUGGUUCGAGAAUUCGGAUAUUCAGAUGAAGCAGUACAAAUGUUACGGCGUGCACCACAACUUUAUCCAG